CCCCCCCCCCCCCCCCCCCCCCCCCUCCCCCAUUUAAGUAAAACAUAUCUGUUUUGAUCAUUUCGCUAUGUCCAAUCAACAACCAUCGCAGCUUAUUUCAUUGCAGCAAGAUGGUUUAUACCUUCUCGAUUUCAGCAAAACAAUAUCAUUGAAACUUAACUUGCCCUUUACAUUACCGCCCCCGACCGAACCUGUUUGUAUUCUUCAUUGCCGUGGAAUCAUGUGUCUCACACUUGAAGGCCACAAUGACCUAGCCAUCUGGAACCCGAGUUCCAAAAAAUUCAAGAGAAUAAUGAUGUUUAAUUCGCGUCAAACAACAAAUCCUUUGGGAUUCGGUUAUGACCGAUUCUCUGAUGAUUACAAGAUCGUGACUAUAAUCGAUCGCAAAACCUUUAUCUACACUUUCAAAGAAAAAUCUUGGAGAGAAAGCGUGCCGCGAGAUAUUUCUCUUGAUUGCAAAUUUAAAAACCGGACCGGCACGGUUGAGGACCAUUGUAUGUAUUGGAUAGCAGACCGGUCACACAUCAAGAACCCUUGUAAGGAAAACACCAUCCUAUGUUUUGAUUUUGUCAACGAAGAGUACAAAGAACUGAACCUUCCGAUAACUUGUAAGCAGAAAUUCAGUUCAUGGUUAGGGGUUUUAAGGGGAGAGUUAUACAUUAUCGAGCACUACCCAUGUAUAAAUAAUGACAUAUGUGUAUGGCGUCAAAAGAGUAGCGACAAGAAGAUUAAGAAAUGGCAAAGUGAACCAUGGAUCAAUAUGACCAAACAUCUUAAAGAAUUCAAAAACUUUGAAGUUGUGUUUGCGUGCAUAGCAAGAAACGAUGACGUCUUCAUAGUGGUUAAAGAUACAAGAAAUGGAGACGGUAAGGUUAUGGUGUACAAUAAGACCCGAGAGAAAUUCAUUGAAGUUCCAUUUGGUAGUUCGUUGAAAGGGUUUAGAUGUAUGAGUGAUUAUAUAUGUCAGUAAGGGACGUCUCAAAUUUAAAGAUCAUGUUUUAAGAAAAUAAUGCUAUUAAUCUAACUAAUAUUUCUGAUAAUUAAAAUAAAAUUGUUUAAUUAUAAAUUAUUGUAAAAGUAAGUUUAUAAUUAUAAAAUAUAUACUUAAAUAUAACCAUAAUUCUUCAGCCGGCUCAUGUAUCUGUGUCUAUGCGUCCAACCAUGUAUGAACUGUUUUAACAAUAUUAGUGAAAAAGGUAGAUGCUU